CGCUAAAGCAAGACUGUACUUGGGCGAGGUGUUAGACUCGGAAAUCAUUUUAUUCUGAAUCUGCAGUCAACAGAUAGUCAACGUGCGAAUUCUAAAGGAUAUAUAUAUAUAUAAAAUACACUUACAGUCGCAGUUAUUUAAUACGUCCUUAGCUAAUGUCCUAAUCGAAAAAAAAUUCCAUGUCCCCCUUAUUUAGAGAAGAAAAUAAAUGUGAUUUGUGGUUAAGCAGGUUGGGAUGGUCUUGGGCCGCUAUUCCUGCUCUGAACGAUGGGGGUCGCCAGUCCUUCAGCGCACACGAUUGUUUCAGUUACACCGUGAUGCUUGCAAGCUUAUACCUUUCCACCCGCCGGAGUAGAUUGAACGACUGUAAAACGGACGAGACCCUCCGCUACUUCCACUUACUUGCCAUCGAGCUUUUUCAAAAUGGCGGCGACUUCCUCCAUCCAGCCGCCGAGCGUGCAUGCGUUAAUGCAGGAAAAUGCACUGCUUCGAAACUCCGACAGCCCUGCCGAGAGUCGACAGGAUGAAUCCACGGCAUCCGAGGGACUUACCCUGCGAUCGCUGCACCAUCUACCGCCAGAGGAAAUCAACAGAAGGCUGGAAAAAACUCACAGGGAGCUAAGCAACAGGAGAAAAAUCUUGAUCAAGAACCUACCUCAAGACACAACUAGUCAGGAGGUCCAUGAUGUCUUGAGAUCAUAUGAGCUGAAGUACUGUUAUGUGGACAAAAACAAAGGAACAGCUUUCGUGACACUGCUGAACGGCGAACAGGCCCAGGACGCCAUCCGCUCCUUCCACCAGCGCAGCGUGCGCGGCCGCGAGCUCACCGUGCAGCUGCAGCCCACCGACGCGCUGCUCUGCAUCACCAACCUGCCGCACGCCUUCGGCGCUGCCCAGUUCGAGGAGCUGGUGCGCGCCCACGGCAACACGGAGCGCUGCUUCCUGGUGUACAGCGAGCGCACGGGCUACUCAAAGGGCUACGGCUUCGUGGAGUACAUGAAGAAGGACUCCGCGUCGCGGGCACGCUCCGAGCUGCUGGGCCGCCUGUUGGGCGACCGCGCCCUCAUGGUCCAGUGGGCCGACGUCAACCAAUUGACUGCCGCCCACCUGCACUCCAAGUGCCUCUGCGUGGACAAGCUGCCCCUGGACUGCUGCGACGCCGACAAGCUUGCCCAGAUCCUUGGCAAGCGCCAUAGCCCCGUCUUCUGCCAGCUGGCACAGGAUGAAGGCAGCUCCGUGAGGGGAUUCGCCGUGGUGGAGUAUGAGACUGCAGAGCAGGCCGAAGAUGUGCUGAUGGAGAUGGACCGGCAGCUGGUCGGGGGCCACGAGAUCCGCGUGUCCUUGUGCGCCCCCGGCACGUCCGGCCGGAGCACCCUGGCUGCUCUGAUAGCGGCGCAGGGCGUGAUGCCCAAUAGCAGGAGAGGUCUGCUUCCUGAGCCCAGCCCAGCCGCCCUGCAGGUUCUGCUCCGGCCGUACCUGACCGGGGUCAGACACACAGGGAAGUUCGCACAGCCACAAGGCCUGCCCUUUCUGCGGCCUCCGUUCACAUCAGCACUGGUCCAGUUGGGAAAGGUUCAGCAGAAUGCCUUGCUGGGGAACAGUCUGAUGCUACAGAAUCUGCUUCAGAUGCAGCUGGCCCAGCAGCAGCUGGUGCAGAUCAAAGAGAAGCCCGUCAGCAGUGUUGCCUCACAGGCCUCCGUUGCCAGCCUUCUGGGGGACCCCUCCAGAGCGCUGCUGCAGAAAGCCAUGGACCUGAUCUCCCCAGGCAAGGGCCUGCUGGGAGACUGUCCUAGCGACCCAUCUCAGGAUGCAGCACACGGCGCUGCCAAAUCCUCAAGUUGUGGUUCGGGGCUCGUGCACUACCCUCCCAGCAGGCAGAUGCUGGGCUUACCAGUCUGCAGUGAGCCCGACGGGCCCCUGACCACCGACAAGCCGCCUUCUGGCCCCGGGGCCACAAAGGCCAUGGCGUCAGCCCUACAGCACGCCCGCAGGAACUCCACAGCCCCCAAAGCCAACGAGAGCAGCACUGCCGGCCCGGCUCUGUCCGCCAACCAUACCUCGCUGCUGGGGGAACCUCCUAAGGAACUGAAGAUCCCCACCAACCCGUACCUGAACCUGGCCAGUGUACUGCCAGGCAUCAUCCUGCAAGCCCCCGCCAGCGGUAAAGCAGCGAGCGUAGCGCUUCAAGGCAAUGCGUUCGCUGGGGGGCUGGCACUAGCACCCAAACUUGCCCCGCCGCUCUCGACGGCCCUGUACGACACCCCCAUGGACUACAUGUCACAGUACGGUCCGCAGUACUCCCAGGAAGCCAUUCAGCAGUGGUACCAGAACUACCAAGCUCAGGCCUACAGUGGUGCCCCCCAGGACAGCGACUAUGGGAAGCCGCAGGAGAGGGAUGUCGGCACCACGUCGUACGGGGAUUAUGGUGCCUAUAUGCAGACCGUCAGUCAGUGCUACUCACACACACACAUGUCCGUGCAGGACUUCCCUCACAGGGACACCACCAAGGAGGCUGAUUUUUCCAAAACCUCCCUGACCAACACGCUGCAGUCUGUUGGUAACGGCGGUGCCCCGUACAGUGCUGUGCCCGUUAUGCCAGCCUACGGGGGCAUUCAGCACAUCGCUCCGGCGUCGGUCGCGUUAUCCCACUCGGCACAGGGUACCGCAGACUGGAGCCAGUACUACUAUAACCAGAGCCAGACACGGGCACUCAAGCGGGACUUUCCGACUCCGCAGGAAGGGCCUCCAGACAGGCCCCUUGUAGGACAGCCCCCCCGGACCUCGGGAUCUCUCUAUGCAGACCAGCACAAGAAGAAGAGGAUAUAGCCAAGCCUUCUGGUAGCUUGAGCCAUCCAAGUGCUGCCGGUACUCGCUUCCUCUGCUUACUCCAGGCCUUACUCAUGGUCUCCUCUUUACACGCAUUAACGUUUAAUAGUGUAUAACUGUACAAUGCUCUCUCUGUUUUUGUGAAUCUGCAGUCUUCCUGUGGGAUGUGUGUCAUGUCCUUUCCUCUCCCCAGGAAUGUUUUCAUUUUCUUCCUAAUGGGAAAUAAAAAGUCCCUAAUAAGAAUGUAACUUUUUUUUUUAUUAUUUAAUGUAAUUAUAAAGCACUGGUAUCCCUUGACAAUUUUCCGUCUUGGAUUAUAUUUGAACAAAAUCCUUUAAUGUGUUUCCUACAUAAUUAUGACGCCGUUGCUCUGCCGCAAGACUUGAUGAGCAUCGAGAAAGUCUGCUUCCGUUCGAAGCUGGUGUUCUAAGACCAAGAAAUAACAGGAUUGGUAACAUCUUCAGUGGGGACCUUCACAGGUAAUGGUUCCGUGGGGACUUCGGAGCUCUGUUUUCCCCAUAAACCUGCCUGCUAAGGGACAGACUGCCUGUCUUUACAGCACUUUAGCAUUGAGGUUCUCUGGUGACAUCCUCAAGUUCGCUUUGGGUGAGUUUGAAAUCUGAAAAUGUGAUACAAUUUGAUGUCUAUGGAGCAUUUUCUACCUGCUCAAACCUCCAGUCACAUUUGUAAUCUUACUAUAUUAAAAAUGCAGUACUAUUGUA